GCAUUAGACAAAUCAGCACCUGGGCUUGUCAUCAACCGCCGCGCCGCGCCGCGCCGACUAGUCGGUGGCCGUAGCGCACCUGUACCGCCCGCACCGCGCGGUCGAACACCUCGCGCGCAUCCAUGGCCACCACCCACCUCCUCACUCCACCCCGCGUCCACCACCCUUCCCCCUCCGCUUCCUCCUCUGUGGCUCGCGUCCGCGCCACCGCCUCGCUCGCGCACCCGCUCCACCUCUGCCGCCUCCGCCUCGCCGCCCCGCGCUCGCGCUCCCCCUCCCCACGGCACGGGCGGCGCGCCAUGUCGGUCCGCAGCUCCCUCAUCGACCCGGACGGCGGCGCGCUCGUCGAGCUCGUCGCCCCGCCCGACCGCCUCCCGGCGCUGCGCGCGGAGGCGGAGGCGCUCCCGCGGGUGCGCCUCGCCCCCGUCGACCUCCAGUGGGCGCACGUGCUCGCCGAGGGGUGGGCCAGCCCGCUCCGCGGGUUCAUGCGCGAGCACGAGUACCUGCAGAGCCUCCACUUCAACUGCGUUCGCCUCCCCGACGGGGGCCUCGUCAACAUGUCGCUCCCCAUCGUGCUCGCCAUCGGGGACGCCGACAAGGAGCAGAUCGGGGGUAAGCCGGACGUCGCGUUACAAGGGCCCGACGGCGGUGUCGUCGCCAUCCUGCGCAGAGUUGAAAUAUAUCCCCACAAUAAAGAAGAAAGAAUCGCAAGAACAUGGGGUACAACUGCACCUGGUUUACCCUAUGUUGAUGAGGCUAUUGCGUCAGCUGGGAACUGGCUGAUCGGUGGCGAUCUGGAGGUGUUGGAACCCAUCAAAUACAAUGAUGGUCUUGAUCACUACAGACUUUCACCUCGGCAACUUAGGAAGGAGUUUGACAAGCGGGGGGCUGAUGCUGUGUUUGCCUUCCAGUUGAGAAACCCAGUACACAAUGGUCAUGCACUAUUGAUGAAUGACACUAGAAGGCGUCUCUUGGAAAUGGGUUACAAGAAUCCCAUUCUACUACUACAUCCCUUAGGUGGUUAUACCAAAGCGGAUGAUGUCCCACUGCCAGUUAGAAUGGAACAACACAGUAAGGUUUUAGAAGAUGGAGUGCUUGAUCCUGAGACUACUAUAGUGUCUAUAUUUCCCUCACCAAUGCAUUAUGCUGGUCCAACAGAAGUGCAGUGGCAUGCAAAGGCACGAAUUAAUGCUGGUGCCAAUUUCUAUAUAGUAGGCCGAGAUCCUGCUGGAAUGGGACAUCCAACAGAAAAGAGGGACUUGUACAACCCAGAUCACGGGAAGAAGGUCCUGAGCAUGGCUCCUGGUUUAGAGAAACUCAACAUACUGCCCUUCAAGGUAGCAGCUUAUGAUACAGUAGCAAAGGAGAUGGCCUUUUUUGAUCCUUCACGCAGUCAAGAUUUUCUGUUCAUCUCUGGAACCAAGAUGCGCACUUAUGCCAAAACUGGAGAGAAUCCUCCAGACGGUUUCAUGUGCCCGGGUGGGUGGAAGGUUCUUGUUGACUACUACAACAGCCUGCAAGCUGAAGAAGCGACUCCAGUCCCUGUAUGAGGCAAGCUACUAUUUGACUAAGAGAUUAUUCAAUGGCGGGGAAACAUACAAGCAAGUGAUCAGAUCAUUUGAGCUUUUUUCCUUAUUGAUUCUUUAGGUUAGUAGUUGAUUGAUAUAUGAUCAGAUCUUUUCGAUUGUUUGUUUGUCUUAAAUAUGAGACUCUGAAGCAUGGAAAAACUAAAGAUCUGCACAAGUUGAGCCAAAACAGCAUGGCCAUUGUUCUGUAGCGAAGCCGGUUGAACUAUAUAAUAAAAGAUGAAAGGGUGCA